GACUGUCAGCUGUCUAAUAUAAGAUCGAACAUAAGUCAUCCCAGGCCAUUGUUGACGGUGGAGGUAUGCAACUGUAGACGACGCACACGGGUUGUCUUUAAUCAAACCCUGCGCAUUCCGCGUUCAAGAUGUUCUCUGUUGUGGUCUUUCUGUUCCCUUUCUGUGUUAUAAUGUCACAGUUGAAGGAAACCGAAUCUGGAAUUUAUUUACCUACAGAUGGUCCUUCGGUGUGGACAAAGACAUACCUGGCUAUGGUGCCAGAGAAAGAAAUUGGAAGUAAGGAUGCCGGUUAUCUCUACAUUAUGUCAUCCGAAUCCACGACCACUGACGCGUGGGUGAACGCUAAACCUCGAAAGAUUCAUCAAAACAUCACUUCAGGUGAAACGGCUAGAGUAAAGCUGUCCAAACAAGUUAUCAUCACACAAGGAUCAAGCAAAAAAAGGUCGUUUGGGUUCAGCGUUGUAACCCCUGGUGACCUCGGGGUCUACUUCCGGGACAGAUGGACAUUUUUCCAAAUGAGAGAAUUGAAUCAGUUAUUAAAUCAGUAUACAGUUAUAUCUUACAACAAUGCUGCCAAUCCAAUGUUAUCCGUAGUAGGUAUAUGUUUUGGCGCCGACUUCACAAAACUAACCAUAUCUUUUCCAGAUGGAGUAAAUGUGUCGAACGUUCUUGGACCUGUAACAAGCGAUGUUGAAGUAAAUGGACAAACCGCUGUGCUAAAAAAAUUAUUUUACCGCUCUAGUCUCAAACUGGAAAGUAAUGAAGAUUUAACUGGGACGAUAAUUAAGAGCUCACAUAGAAUAGCAAUAAUAGCGGGAGCUAUGUCGAUUGAUCCAUCUAACAGAUAUGUUUAUUUAGAUCACAUGCCAACGCGAUAUGCUGCCAACAACUACAUCGUAUUUGGUCUGCCAGGGAUCAGUGGAAAUGACACUUUUCGUAUUGUAGCAACAUCUUCUAAAGCCGAAGUUAGCAUUGACAGUGACCGAACAAUAAACCUAGCUAGCAAAGGCGAUUUUCAAGAUGUCUCAUUCUCAAGAAGCUCUUUUCACAUCGUUGUCGCAACAUCCAAAGUCGGUAUUGCAAUCUUUCUUCAAAAUGGCGGACCAAGAAAGACAGACAUGAUGAACCUACAUCCAACCUACAACAGCAAAACCUCGAAAUAUCAGUUUUCUAUACCUUCGAUAUCAAGUGAUGUUAAUUUCAAGCAUUACCUGGUAGUAACUACAGAAUCGAGUGGACAGGCCAGCAUGGUGUUAAACGGACAGUCAUUGCCCCCAGAAACAGUCUGGUCCUCUGUUUCCGGAACAGGUCAUGUGGGAGGAUACGUGCCGCUUGUGGAAACUGCGCAACCCCAGAUUAUUGCUACCACUAACGGGGUGUAUUUCAACGCAUAUCUGAUGGGCUACGGAGAUGAUGCAACUUAUGGAUCAGCUUUAGAAGGCAUUGAUACGCCCCAGGAAAACACUGAUGAUCUUCAGUUCUACUCUAACAAGACAUUUUGUGAAAGGUCUGGCCAGACCGGAAACUACAUCUCCAAAGGAACACAGAUGGAAGUCUCAAAAGUCAAGUCCUAUGCAAAAAAACGGCAGUUGUCGUACAAAUCACUGCACCGGACCACGCGGCACUUACAAGCAUGUCAGCUAACGUGUUUCCUCUAUUCCGACUGUAUUGGGGUCAACUUCAAGAAUGUGUCGUCACCAACUGAAAUCAACUGUGACAUCAUCAUGAAAGGGCAGUUUUACCAACUGCGUGAUCCUGCGUGGACUAAAUACCUUUUGACGUAGGCGGAUCAGAGUAAAGGCAGUUCAACAGAAAUAAGUAAAACAAGUAUUGACCGAUUAGUUGAUAUCGUGAUGAAGGCUGGGAUUAGUUCCAGAAAAUACUUGGUAACUAGUUUUGCCUCGGGAAAUACAGUAAACUACGUUUAUAACGGACACGCUUAUAACGAACUGACGGAUACGACGAACGUAUUUUUUGUCCCCACCACUGCUGUAUCUAUGCUGUUCAUAUGCUUAUAACGAACUACGGUUAUAACGAACUCAAAUUAAUGGCCCCUUUGAGUUCGUUAUAAACAUAGUUUACUGUAAUGGAAAACUGGUUAGAAAAUUGUAGAGGCUACGAGAAAGAAAUGCAUGUCUGCUAGCAUUAA